GGGCAAUAUAACUUCCAGUAACUGUUCCAGGCACCUCCCGGACUAAGGGUCCAUUUCACUGACUGUGAGAAGCUGGAAAUGUCCCAGUGAUCCUGUAACUGCUGGGAAGUUUCUCCUGGGCUCAUGAGUUACAAUGAAGAUGAGGAUUUCCUUCCACUCGCAUUGUGCCAUGGGCAACCCCUCUCUGUCCAGUUACUUCCUUUUCUUUUUUAAGGUCCAUGUUUCUACAUUGGAAUCAGUGAAUUUCAAGGUGAUUGGACCUGAUCAUCCCAUCAUGGUCUCUGCAGGUGAAGAUGCCCUGUUACCCUGUCACCUCUUCCGUAACAGACGUGCUCAGAAGAUGGAGGUGCGCUGGUACCGAUCCAAGUUCUCUGAACCUGUCCAUCUGUAUCAGAAUGAAAAAGAUCAGGCUGAGCAGCAAAUACCAAAUUAUCAGGGCAGAACAGAGCUGCUGAAGGAUGGUAUUGUGGAUGGAAGCGUUGUCCUGCGUAUACGCAACAUCACCCCCUCUGACCAUGGGCAGUUUAUCUGUUUCUUCCGAUCAAGCAGAUUUUAUGCGGAAGCCACUCUGGAACUGAAGGUGACAGGCUGUCCAGGCUCCUGAGGAGGUUCAGGAAGAAGGCUCUGCAGGUGGCCCCAGAG